AGUCCAAAUCCAAAAAAAAUCCAGAGCAGAGCGCCGAAACCGCCUCGGCACGGGCGCGGGCGGCGGCGAGCGGGAAAAGAACCAUCGCGCUAGUCCGGCCACGAGAAAACCCAACCGAGGAAAGUAAACAGAAACAUUCGCCGGGAUGGAAUAAGUGUCACCCUUUUUGCCUUUUUUAACAAGAUGGAGGUGUCAGCGGAGCAGGUGGAGCAGGCGGUGGUGGAGUUCUACCGGGACCCAGUUGCCAAGAGUGGCCUUAACACAUGGCUCAUGCAGGCCCAGCACUCCCGCCACUCCUGGACCUUUGCGUGGCCUCUUCUAGACCCCAGGAAGCCGGAAGAAGUGCAGUUCUUCGCAGGAAACACAGUAUACAUGAAAGUGUCGAGAUAUUGGCAUGAAGUCCCCAAGGAAGAAUAUGAACCCCUGAAAAUCAAGAUCCUUAACCUUAUAGCGCAGUAUAGCAAUUCUAAAGUCGUUUUAAAUAGAUUAGUCAAAUCUUUAGGGGCAUAUGUCAUCCACACUAUCCAACAUGAUUGGACUACCGCCAUACAGGACAUUAUAACUAUGUUCGACCCAGGAACGGUGCCAGGCAUUGAGCCUUCCACAGCCCUGAAUCUUCUAUUUAGUAUACUUACUAUAAUACCUGAGGAGUUGGAAACUAUGCAAGAAGCAAUGAGUAUCAAUAGUAAAGACAAGCAGGUAAUAACAGCAGCUGUGAGAAAUAGCCAUCAGUCAGUGCUGAGUUUGAUCUCCCAAGUGAUGCAAGCUGCACAGAUCAGCAAUGUGAUAAAGGAAGUUGUGCUCAAGACUUUGAAUGCGUGGCUCAAGCUCUCCUUGCCACUCUCUGAGACCAGAGACCUACUUGUGGCGUUAAUACCUUACUCCAAUUACGCUCUCUUGUGUGAACCUGUCAUGGAAGCACUAAGAACUGCAGUGACUGAUGUUGGUACUUAUAAUAUCCCCAACACAGUGAUGGACUUUGUCACACAGAUGUUACGGUUGAGGCCUGUGCUGGAGGAGGCUCAGCAUGCAAACGAUGAGAAUACGGCAUCAUUGGUGUACAGUUUGUUUACCUCUGUAGUUGAAUGCCAUUCACGGCUAUUGCUACAAUGUGCCCUUCAAGCAGAGCACCAGGCAACGGUGGUGCAGGUAGUUGCACUUUUACUCCAGUGUGCAGCUACCCCUGGCCAGUACCCUACCGACGAGACUACCUCUAACAUUCCCUUUGCUGUUUGGUUUACCAUUCAGGAUGAUAUUAUGACAUUUGAGGGAGAGCAGCAGGCAGAAUUGCUUCAGCUCUUCCAGCCAGUGUACCUGAAAUUGGUGGAUACCUUCAUCCAGAAAUCCCUGCUGCCUCCAGAUAAUGCUCUGUCCGCAGAGGAGAAGGAAAUGUUCCGUUGUUACAGACAAGACAUCUGUGAUACCUAUAUGUAUGCAUAUUAUGUAUUAAGAGGAGAUAUGCUGAGUCAUUUAGAAGUUCAUCUUAAGGAUGCUGUAGUUAAAAUGCAGAGUGACCCCACUGACUGGCGGUACUUGGAGGCAGUCCUGCAUGCAUACUCCUCUGUAGCUGAGACUGUUGCCGAAACAGAUAACUUCUAUGUGCCACGCUUCAUUCAGAGUAUACCUCAGAUACCAUUCUCUGAUAAUAUUCAACUAAUAUCUGUGGCAUUAACAACACUAGGAGCAUAUGCAGAUUGGCUGAACUACCACCAGGAUCACAUGCACCAUGUAAUUCCCCUCAUGGUGGAAGGACUCGUAAAUGCCUCUCUUGUUGGGGCUGCCUCCCAAGCCCUCAGGGACCUUACGUUAGAGUGCCCUCUCACCAUCUCUCCCUUCUCACAACCCAUCUUGACAAGCUGUCAGAGAGCACUGGAGCAGAGUCGACUGGACAGUGCUGAGACAGAGCGAAUCAUGACCAUCAUCAGCCGAGUGCUCUCUGUGGGCAAGGACCAGCCCACUAUCAUGACCUACCUCAAUGCUACCCUCACUCCCUAUAUCUCACGUCUUAGUCAGCUAAAGGAUCUCAUGGGGAGUGGCCUUUCUCGAGAACAACACAAUGAACUGGUCUCCCUCCUCAAACUGCUGUCCUGCAUGUCUCGGCAUCUCAACCUCAACAACACAGCUGUUGAGGAGGAUGACGAUGAAGAUGGAACUACAAGAAGACAUUCCCAAGCUGUCAGUGGAGGGCCCCAGCCUUUGCUAUUGGUUUUGCAACAGCUGAUGCCUCUACUGUCUGCCAUUGCCUCAAAAGCGUCAACAGAUCAGGAAGUGAUUGAGGCUUUGUGCAAACUCUUGAAAAACAGUAUAAGCACUUUGGUAGACGACUGUGUGGCAAUAUUGCCAGCAAUCCUAGAAAUUAUACCUCAGCUCUAUGAAGCAUCACUCAACCCAGCAAUAUUAGAUUUAGUCAAACAGCUUGUCAUUCUGUUUGGUCGAGAGGGUAGUCAAGAGGCCAACAUGGGUGUCCUGCUACGGAUGGUGACGACAACCACGCUGAGCCGAGCCUCUACUGACCUCUGGGCCCACACAGAUGCGGUCCAUGGUUGCCUCGCACUGCUCACCGCCUCCUUCAAGAAAACUCCAAACCUUGUCUCAGCUCACCACAAUCAUGUUGCUCCACUGUUCCACCUAGGUGUUGAAGCACUAAAGCUGCCAGAAGAAGGAACAGUGCGGAGUGCUGGACAUUUCCUCUCUAGCUUCAUCCUUCUCAGCCGCGACGCAAGUAUCGGGUGCCUCCAGCCUGUGGUUGCGCAUAACACAGAAACUCUCCUUCGGACACUUAUGUUCUGCAUUUGUAAUUCUCCACGACAUAGCCUAAGCAGCUUCAGCGAUGUUCUCAGCGCAUUGUGCAAAAUGUAUGGGGAUGACCUAACUCGCACCUUCAAGACGGUUCAGGCUGAUGAGUCAUUCCUCUCUCCACGGGUCACAGCACAGCACAAGGAGGAGUUUGCCAAGAAAGUCUUAAAGAACAGAGGCAGCAAGCGCAGAAUUCUAGAGGCAGUUACUGAUUUAGCUCUGAUUGGAAGAGGUCUGGCUGGGACUGACUAUGGGGCUCAAACCAGAGGCUUCCACUGACUAUAGGCUGUCCCUUUGCAUCUCUGAAAACUGAGCGCAUUCUGCAAGCAGCUUAAGCCAGAGUAGGAUUGUUUGACUCAGGAGUAUGCAUCUUGUAUAAAGGUCACCCAUAUGCAUUGAGAUGGAGGGCAGCAAUCACUUCAGCAGCUAUGGCGUUAAUUCUUCUCCUUUUUUCUUUCUUGUUGACAUUCACUCUCCACCCUCUGAUAUUUUAUUUUUUAUCUUAUAUUGUCUCUCAUGGUUGUUUCUUUCCUCAUGGCUGUCAGCUUGGAGAAGGAAAGGUGUAUAGUGUAUACAUGUAAUUAAGGCAUCCCACUAUCCCAGUUAUUAUCAUUGGCAUGGAAUGCUUCUGAGAAGAUCUUCCUUGGCCAGUCAGAAGAAGAAAAAUAUUUUUGACAAUCUGUCCAAUAUGGCGUUGAUCACUGUAUUUGACGCGGAUUGUUACAGAAAUGGAAGUGGAAAUAUUAAGAUUUCUCUUUUUUCCUCAUCACUUUACAGAGCUUUGAAUGUUAUAUAUUCCAAAGCAGGACAUAGUAAUUUUUGCACAUAAAACUAGAUAUUUAUUUUUGUUGUCAGAUCAAUACAGUGUAGAUUCCAUGUGGCAAAAAGUAAUGCCUCCCACAGUAUUAUCCUUGUGUGUGUGUGCAUUUCCCCACGUAUAGCAUAUAGAGUGGGACAAUUUAUCAGGCUCGCUUGCAAACCCAGCUGAGCUUCGGAUGCAUGUUAUAUCCCUCCGGUCAUCCUGAAGUGCGAGCCCUGCAAUGGACAGAAAUAUUAUACAAUUCCUAAUUUUGAAUGCUGCGACCUUGCAUCAGGGUUAAGUAGCAAAAGGUAUGAACCUCGUUAGAAAAAAAAACAGUGAUAAAUUUUACCAUUGGUUUACAAUCGUAACAUAAGCAUCAUAAUCUCCAUUCCACUUCUCUUGUAUCUUUGUAUGUCCCGAUAUACUUGUUUAUAGUCCACAGUCUACUGGUUUUGAUUGAAAUAAAUAGCUGUAUGAUUAGGUUUUGUGAAAAAGAAAGAAAAGGAAAGCAUUAAAGAGGUUAAGAUAUUAAAAUUGGUAGGAGUUACUUUUGAUAGUACCCCACUGGAGGACAGCAGCAAAGACUUUGAUUUAUCUUGCAUCUCUGACUCAACUAUUAUGUCAGAGCCAAUUAGGACCUACCGAUAUAAGAGAGAGAUAACAAAGCGACAUUUAGUUGGAAAAUAAGUACAGAGAUCUCUUUGUUUUCGGUAUAUGGUAUAUUUUUGUGUAUUUGAUUUUACUGUUUUUUAUUCUUUUUAUUAUAGUAGAGGAAAAGGUGAUACUACAAGUGUUAUGAUUCAAAGACUCCAGUUUUCAUAUUAAUGUUUUGGACUUACCAAUUUUUUAUAUGGUUUUAGAAUCGGUGGUGUUGAACAUGAACAUAUACAUAUUUAUAUAUACUGGAUAUAUAUACAGUGUAAGGCAUGGAAAAGUUGUUAUUAUUUGUUUAAAAAAUCUUUUGGAAAGAUACAGGUGAUAUUAUACUUAACCAGUUUGAAUAGGCUUCUAAGGGAGUUGUGAUGUUGUACAAAUAUUUGAUUCUCCACCUUAAAAUACAGUCCUAAGUAUAUUUUAGUCCUUACCAUAAGCAGCCCUCGCAUACCCAUGCCUGUGUCAGUCAAAAUGUGUUUUUUUCUCAAUCUAUUUACACAGUUUUUGCAGUUUGCCUCCUUCCAUGUCCACAUUUUUCCUGUACCUGCAUUUUUUGCAUUUUCCCAAGACUGACGGAGGUUCCAGUACUCAGUACUUUCCUCUUUUUAUCCCAAAGAUUUUAUGGAGAAUCAUUUGUACACAUGAUAAGUCUUUUAUUGGGAUCGAGGGUGACUUCUGAUGCCCCAGUUUGCUAAGCGAUGUAGACGUUUUGAAGAUAUAUAUUUUUUGGCAAUAACAGAAUUUAUGAUCUCCCUCCAAGAAAAUAUUUGUGAUGUAUUAACUAUUAAAAGAUUUUUUUUACU